CGGAGGGGGUGCGGGGCGCGGGCGUAGCUACGUCCAUACGCUGCAUGUGGAAUUAGUCCAGUUUUACUACGUGAGAGGAUAAUAGGAGAGGCAGGAAGCAGUCUCGUAACUCUGGUGGUGUGAUUCUCUGAAAUGGAGGGGGCUGAGUAUGCGUCUGAUAUGCGGGAGGGCGAGGUCUUGUCUGACCCUGAAUCUGCAGUUGCUGAUAAACCCAAGCCAAUGGCUUUUGAAGAAAAAGAUGCAGUGUACCUUGGUUUUGACUUCAGCACCCAACAGGUCAAGGCCCUGGCUAUUGACUGCAACUUGAAGGUGAUAUGUGAGGCAUCUGUGCUAUUUGAUAGAGAACUUCCUGAAUUCAGGACCCAUGGGGGAGUGAACCACGGCGCAGACUCACUGACAGCGACGGCACCGGCCAUCAUGUGGGUCAAGGCCCUUGACAUGCUGAUGGACAAGUUGCGGGUGAAUGGUCUGGACUUCUCGCGGGUGGCCGCCCUCUCAGGUGCUGGGCAGCAGCACGGCAGUGUGUUCUGGCGGACGGGCGCCGGCGCCACGCUGCGCGCGCUGCAGCCUGACCAGUUCCUGCACCAGCAACUGGAGUCGGCGUUCAGUGUGCGCAACUCGCCCGUCUGGAUGGACUCGAGCACGGCGGAGCAGUGCCGCCGACUGGAGGAGUACGUCGGUGGACCGCAGAAACUGGCUGACAUCACCGGCUCCCGGGCAUACGAGCGGUUCACGGGCAACCAGAUCUCUAAGCUGCACCAGGUCAACCCGGAGGCCUACAAGAACACGGAGCGUAUCUCGCUGGUGAGCAGUUUCGGCGCCUCACUGUUCCUCUGUGAGUACGCGGGCAUCGACCUGUCGGAUGGCUCCGGCAUGAAUCUGCUCGACAUCCGAAAACACGACUGGGACCAGCACUGCCUGGAUGCGUGCGCGCCGGGCCUGCGCUCGCGCCUGGGCGCGCCGCUGGCGUCGGCCGCCCGCUGGCUGGGCGCCGUCGGCCCGUUCUGGGUGGAGCGGUACGGCCUGGAGCCCGAGUGCGGCGUGGUGGGCUUCACUGGCGACAAUCCGGCCUCGCUGGCCGGCCUGCGGCUGCGGCCCGGCGACCUGGCGCUCAGUCUGGGCACCUCCGACACGGUGUUCGCGUGCCUGGAGCGGCCGCAGCCCGCCCUCCAGGGCCACAUCUUCGUCAGCCCCGCCAGCGCCGACCGCUACAUGGCGCUCAUUUGUUUCAAGAACGGUUCGCUGACACGGGAGAAGUACCGAGACCUGUGUGCGGACGGCUCGUGGGACACCUUCAACCAACUGCUGGCCACCGCGCCGUCGGGGAACCUCGGCAACCUGGGCAUCUACUGGGGCGAGCAGGAGAUCUCGCCGCGCGGCGUCGGCACACACCGGCGGGACCCCGAGGGCCGGCCCGUUGAGGCGUUCGACAAGCACACCGAACUGCGCGCCGUGGUCGAGGGUCAGCUGCUGGCCAAGCGCGCCCACGCCGAGAGGCUCGGCUUCGAGAUUGGGCCGGAGACCCGUGUGCUGGCGACAGGAGGAGCGUCCAAGAACCUCGCCCUCCUGCAGAUAGCGGCGGACGUCUUCAACUCGUCGGUGUACACCCACGACGUGGCCAACUCGGCCUGCCUGGGCGCCGCUUACCUGGCGAGGCUCGGCCGCGCUCGCCAGGCGGCCGGCGACACCUCGUUCGAGGCGGUGACGGCCGCCGCCGAACCCUUCCAGUUGGCCUGCCGGCCACGGCCCGACGCCCAACAGCGGUACGCCGCGCUCGAGGCGGAGGUGGCCGGCGCCCAGUGA